GAUAUUGAGGGUGGACCGUUUCUUCUCUCUCUUCUCUUUCUCUAUAAAUACGGUCCCUCUCCCCUCUCCUUCUUCACGCUCACACGCAACUCUUCACUUCUCCUGCCUUUAUCCCUGCCGAAUCAUCCUCUCUUCUUCCCAAGACCUUUACUCUCUCUCACCAUGAAGAAGACAAUCUCCAUGGUUUCCAAGAUCUUCAAUGGCGACAAGAAAUCCAAGGAGGACGAGAAUGUUUCCUCCAUCACUCCUGCGCAAUUGGGCGAUAUGAGGGGAGUCAUUCCUCCUGAUUAUGGCGUCCAGGAAGCCACGGGUACUACUUUGGAGCGCAAUCCUGACAUCUCCCGCCGAUUGGUCGUCCACUACGACUCGGUUUGGAUGGGAUGUCGCUUCCCUCUCCAUCCCCUCUUGAUUGAACUUUGCAACCGCUACGCCAUACCUCCCGGCCAGAUCUCCUCGAACUCCCACGAGAGUCUCUUUGGCUUCUUGGCGCGGUGUCAUAAGAGAAGCAUUCAACCCACUCUGGAGCUCUUCCUCUCUUUCUUCCGCCCGCACAACCCCAUUGACAAACUUGAUGACUGGUUCCGCCGCUUCUUCGUGGUGGUAGUCCCGGAGGACCUCCCCUUCCCCAAUGUGUGGCGAAAGAAGGAAGACAAAUUUCCUUCUCAUACUUUUCCUACGCGUGAUUCGGAGCUCGAUAGGAUCUACCGUCUCCUCCUUAAGAACGGCUAUUCGGUUCCCCGAGCGCUUCUCUUCAAGGACUCGCACUUCCGGGGUCUCGGAUAUUGGGUGUCUCCUAAAAUUCCUUCUCAAGAGCCGUCGGGAAAUACCACUUCUUCUUGGGUUCCUCCUUUUAGGAGGACUCGACUCCGCCGGCAAUCCUCUCGAAGGGAUCCCUCCCUGGAGGAGGACAUCGAUGGCGAAGAGGCUGGGUCCGUGACUGGGACCCAACCUAUGCUGCUUGCUGACCGCCCUCGUCUUUCGGAAGAGGUGGUGGUCGAGGACGCGUCCGACGAUGAUGGCCUCUAUGACUUCCCUCCGGGGACCUUGAGGGGAUCCGGUCUUAUCCCCGGUGUUCCCCAUAUUCCUCUUUUUGGCAGGGGGACUUCUCCUUCUGCCCAGUUCAUGGGCCCGUUGGGUUUCCAUCCUCACCCCAGUGGGACCAUGCCCAUUGGGCGCACCACCGGUUCACAAGGGUCCCUUGAACCGCCACAUGUCCAGCCCGAACCGUCCACCGCCCUAAAUUUUGCAGAGUCAGCGGCGGAGAGCAUUUUUGGGAUGCCCCUUGGUCAAGGCGGUGUUCCUCUCCCUGGAGCGAAUAUCCAUCGAUCUUUUAGGGAGACGGAGGAGUUAAUUCGGUCCUCCAGUUUUGGGAAGGCUAUUGUCCCCUCAUCCGCCCGUCCCACUGUUGUUCCCGGUCCGUCAACUCAGGAGACCGGGUCUUCUUCUUCUUCUUCUCAGGCCCAUCACAAGAGGGGCCGGAAUUCUACUCCUCUCCCAGGGUCUUUAGUGUCCGCCAGUCCUUCCAUGGGGACCGCUGAUCACUUCUUUGGGACCGCUGGCGAUGGGUCCCCUACCGGGCAAGGGAGUCAGCCCUUUCCCUAUGCCCGGGAGGCCUAUCAGUACACAGGGUACACAGCUUGGGUUGGACGGGACUUCAACAGCAAGCUUGAAGCGAUACAACAGCUUAAAAGGGACCAUCCAGAUGUGAUUCACAGCCCAGUCUGGCCGUUUAUGCAGGAGGAGUAUACUCGUAUGGCCGAUUACGUCGCCACUUCCUCUGCUCAGCGCCAUUCCCUUCGCCUAUUGGACCGCAAUGCUGCUUUAUCAAAGGAGCUGAGGGAUUUCAAAUCUCGGCACUCUAUUUGCGUCGAGCGCCCGGAAUAUGGACAGAUUAUGGACAGAAAACUCCCUUUCCUUUCUUUUUUGCAACGUACAGCCCCUUUCAACAAAAAAAGAGAGAAAGAAAACACCCUAAAAUAGAAUGCUUUUAACGGAAUAGAAACUCGGACAGACCCGCUCCUACUGGUAGAAUUU